AUGGAAUGUUCCUUAAUAUCAUCCGGGUCUGAUGCGAAAAUAUACAAGUGCGUUUUUAUCGGGAAAGAAGCAGUGAAGAAAGAAAUUUACAGAAAAUAUUAUCGACACAAAAAAAUAGAUUCAAAGAUCCGAAAAUUAAGGGUAUCGAACGAAAUAAAAUUUACCAAAAAAUUAGCCAGCAUAAACAUAGACGUACCAAUGCUCUAUUUUGUUGAUGUUAAUGAAAAAAGUUUAUAUUUAGAAUUUGUCAAAGGGUCUACAAUUAAUCAUAUCCUUAAAAAUGUAGCAGAAUAUGAACCCAAUAUACCAAAACGUGUAGGCAUGAUAUUAGCAAAAAUACACAAUGGAAAUAUUAUUCAUGGGGAUUUUACCACAUCUAAUUUAAUUUUGAGAAAUUCCUACAUAGAUAAAUGUAAAAUUCUGGAUUCUUCUAAUCAAUUACCAUACAAAUUAAAUGAUGUUGAGUCGAUAAAACUGUGUGUUAUUGAUUUUGGCUUAACUUUCUUGUCAACUUCGGUUGAGGACAAGGCAGUAGAUUUGUUUGUUCUGUUGAAGGCCAUAAAAAGUUUCCACAGUGAAUUUCCAGAACUGGAGGAACAUAUCCUUGAGGGGUAUAAAACAAAAUCCAAUAAUUUUGACGAAAUUAAAAAAAAACUAGAAAUAGUUAAACAAAGAGGACGUAAAAGACCCAUGGUUGGUUAG